AUGUCUUUCUUUAAAAAUCUUCUUUUUGGAGGCUAUAAGACUAGUGAAGAUCCUACCGGACUUUCAACUACAGCUGAUGAGUCGAAUAUGUCUGAAAGUAAAGCUGAACCAGUCGUGGAAGGGAAGUUUUUCCCCCGUACUCUUUAUAAAUUCAACGGUCAUGAUAAUGAGAAGAUCUUUCUAGCAGUCAAGGGCAAAGUGUUCGAUUGUACACAAGGCAGACAGUUCUACGGCCCCAGUGGCCCGUACUCGAACUUCGCCGGCCACGACGCUUCUAGAGGAUUGGCGUUGAAUUCGUUCGACCUCGAUAUGGUGAGAGACUGGGACCAGCCUAUGGAUGAUCUGAAGGACUUGACUGCCGAGCAGCGAGAAGUGCUGGAUGGGUGGGCAGAACACUUUGAGAAGAAAUAUCCCUGCGUAGGGACUUUGGUUCCGGAACCAGGGGUCAAUGAGCAGUCGAGAUAG